UGUUGUGCAGGCAGACAGCGGACGCUCUCAGAGCUUCAAUCUGUCCACACUGACAGCGAGCUUUUGUUGUUAUUACUGUAUGUGUUUGAUGACGGCUCCCUGCAGGGCGUUUUGAAAUGGUUGUGAAGGCUUCUUUCUAUCAUCCUGUUGUUCAGUGAGGCAGUGAGCUCACGGUGGAUACAGCAUGCAUGUGUCGACUUAUCCCACGAUGCUCCCUGCCAGUCCAGGCCUGCUUCUCCUCAGCUUCCUCUUCCUCGCUGAUGCUGACUCACCACCCAGAUUCACCCGGACCCCGGAGGACCAAACUGGAGUGCAGGGAGGAGUGGCCUCCUUCGUGUGCCAGGCCACGGGGGAUCCACAGCCCAAGAUCGUAUGGAAUAAAAAAGGCAAAAAAGUCAGCAACCAAAGAUUUGAGGUUAUCGAGUUUGAUGAUGGGUCCGGUUCUGUCCUGAGGAUUCAGCCUCUGAGGACUCCCAGAGACGAAGCCAUUUAUGAAUGUCACGCCUCGAACUCGGCAGGAGAGAUCACUGCCACCACCCGGCUCGGUGUCUUACGAGAGGACCAACUGCCCCCAGGGUUUCCCACCAUUGAUAUGGGCCCCCAGUUGAAAGUGGUGGAGCGUUCCCGGACCGCUACCAUGCUCUGUGCUGCCAGUGGCAACCCUGACCCAGAAAUUACCUGGUUCAAGGAUUUCCUGCCUGUCAACACGUCCAAUAAUAACAGACGAAUCAAGCAGCUCCGCUCAGAGUCCUUUGGUGGCACGCCCAUACGAGGUGCCCUCCAGAUAGAGAUGAGUGAGGAGUCUGACCAGGGGAAGUAUGAGUGUGUUGCCACCAACAGUGACGGGACGCGCUAUUCCACCCCAGCAAACCUGUAUCACCGCCCCAAAGGCUCCGAGGACCCUUACAAAGAGAUUGAUGGCAUUGCCACGACGCGCUACAGCGUGGGGGGCCUCAGCCCGUACUCCCACUAUGACUUUCGGGUGGCGGCUGUCAACACCAUCGGACAGGGUCCCUCCAGCGAGGUGGUGGAGGCUCGCACGGCUGAGCAGGCUCCCUCCUCACCUCCUCGACAGGUCAUAGGUCGGAUGCUGAGCGCCACAACAGCUAUGAUACACUGGGAUGAGCCUGAGGAACCGAACGGUCAGGUGGUCGGGUACAGAGUGUACUACACCUCUGACAACACGCUGCCUGUCAACCAGUGGGAGAAGCAGAUGGUGCGCAGCGCCAGCUUCAUCACCAUCCAGGAUCUGACUCCUAACAAGACUUAUUACAUCCGUGUGCUGGCCUUCACCUCUGUCGGAGACGGACCCUUGUCCCAGGACCUGCAGAUUAUCGCCAAGACUGGAGUUCCAUCACAGCCUUUGGACUUUAAGGGUGAAGCAAAGUCUGAAACCAGUAUCCUGUUGUCCUGGGUGGCCCCUUCAACCCAGGGAGGUCCAGAAAGCCAGAUCACAGGGUACGAGCUGGUUUAUCGAAGAGCUGACGACACAGAGAAAAAAAUUAGCUUUGAGCCGUCCACCUCCUACCUGUUGAAGAACCUGAAGCCCUUCUCCGCCUACACUUUCCAGCUGGCUGCCAAGAGCAAAAAUGGAAUCGGGGCGUACACCAAUGAAGUGUCCAUUGACACUCCACAGACACUUCCUUCAGCACCUCCCCAGGACAUCACAUGCACCAGUCCCAGUUCCACCAGCCUCCUGGUAAGUUGGGCUCCACCACCCCUGGAGUUUCAGAACGGCGUCAUAUCGGGAUACUCCAUUCAGUACUCGACCACGGAGGGGAACAAAACGUUUAAAAGAGUUGAUGACAUUCCUCCUGGAAGUUCUUCAUAUCUCCUGGAAAACCUUGAGAAAUGGACUGAGUAUGGCAUAAUGGUUCGGGCACGCACAGAAGCUGGAGAUGGACCGGAAAGUUUGCAACUGCUUAUCCGCACGGAGGAAGAUGUUCCAAGUGGUCCUCCACGAUUGGUUGAAGCAGAGACAGUGAAUGCCUCGGCUGUUAGGGUGACAUGGCGAGCACCGGCACCCGAACUACAGCACGGUCAGGUCCGAGGCUACCAAAUCCAUUAUGUGAGGAUGAACUACGGUGAACCUCAGGGUCAGCCCCUCAUCAAAGACAUCCUCAUUGAUGACUCUCAGUGGGAAUAUGGUGACUCAACUGAAUAUGAGGUUGUGCUUGGAGAGCUGAAGGCAGACACGGCCUACUCUGUGUCAGUGGGAGCUUACACUGCUAAGGGUGAUGGUGCUCGCAGCAAAGCUGUUACUGUAUGCACCGCCCUGCCUCUGCCUGAGAAACCAAAGCUGUUGGUCAGUGCAACUGAUUCAGGUACUGCUGUGCUACAGUGGUACCCCCCUCCCGACCCGCCCACACCUCUCCUGGGAUAUCGCCUCACCUUCGGCCGUGUUGACGUUCUUCCAUUUACAGUUGUUGAGUUCCCCACCAAAGAAACCCGCUACACUGCGCAGGACAUCCACAGAGGAGCUAACUACGUGUUCAGACUCUCCGCUCACAACAAAAUGGGCUACGGAGAAGAGUCUGUAAAGGAGGUGACUACUCCAGAAGAUUCCCCAACUGGAUACCCAGAAAAUAUUAUCUUAGAGGAGGCGUCUGACACUUCUCUCCAACUGGCGUGGAAAGCAGUCCCUCUGAUUGAGCAAAAUGGGAAAAUUGCUAAGUACUCUGUGCUGUAUAAAGACAUAAACAGUCGAGGGAACGCCUCAGAGGUUGUGGUGCCCAUUCAAAGGUCCAGUGUUUUGCUGGAGGGUCUGAGUGCCGAUACAGUGUAUGAUGUCAGGGUGUGUGCGUUCACAGCUGUCGGUCCUGGGCCUUACAGCCCCGCUGUCCAGUUCAGGACGCAGCGGCUAGACCAAGUUUUUGCCACCAACUUCAGAGUAAAGGCAGCCAUGAAGAACUCGGUUCUGCUCUCCUGGGAGAUUCGAGACAAGAACCCAGCCCAGCCGUUCACUAUCCUGUAUGGAAAGGGCCAGUCUGUGGAGGUAGACGGCAAACAGACACAGAAGCUCAUCACUGGUUUGGAUCCGGACACCCAGUACUCUUUCUUGCUUACUAACCGGGCCAACAGCGCCGGCGGCCUGCAGCACCGCGUCACUGCCGUAACGGCCCCGGACAUCCUGAAAACCAAACCCGUUGUUGUGGGGAAGACCAACGCAGACGGCAUGGUGACAGUGCAGCUGCCAACCGUGCAGACGACAGCAAAAGUCAGGGGUUACUACGUGGUGGUGGUACCGCUGAAGAAACAAAGAGGAGGCAAGUUUUUGAAUCCCUGGGAUGAGCCGGAUCAGAUGAACCUGGAUGAGCUCCUUAAAGGAAUCAACAGGACCAGCGUCAGCCGGGCGCUUCGCAUCCGAAGGCAAGCAGGCCAGUCAGAUCCAAGGGCCUAUGUCACAGCGCACUUUAAGACCCUCCCCCUGGAGUUCACCUUAGGAGAUGGACGAAACUACGGCGACUUCCGUAACCGUCCCCUCGUGGGUGGACAGGAGUAUGUCUUCUUUGUGCUCGCACUGCUUGACCUCUCAGAAAAUACAAUGUUCUCAACGAGCCCUUACUCUGACCCCGUGACCUCAUCGGAUGUGGAUCCUCAGCCGAUCAUUGAUGAGGAGGAGGGGCUGCUGUGGGUGGUGGGUCCUGUGCUGGCUGUGAUCUUCAUCGUCUGCAUCGUCAUCGCCAUUCUCCUUUUUAAAAGCAAACCUGACAGGAAACGGGCCGAAGCUGAGGGAAGGAAGAGCAGUUUUCCCUGCAACAAAGCCAUGUCCUCCCACCAUCCCACAGAUCCUGUGGAGCUGCGGCGGAUCAACUUCCAGACUCCAGGCAUGGCGAGUCACCCGCCCAUCCCCAUCUCUGAGCUGGCAGAUCACACUGAGCGCCUCAAGGCAAACGACAAUCUCAAGUUCUCUCAAGAGUAUGAGUCCAUUGAUCCAGCUCAGCAGUUCACAUGGGAAAACUCUAAUUUGGAGGUCAACAAGCCAAAGAAUCGCUAUGCUAACGUCAUCGCUUAUGAUCACUCGAGGGUCAUACUCUCAGGCGUUGAUGGCGUCCCUGGCAGUGACUACAUUAACGCCAACUAUAUUGAUGGCUACCGCCGUCAGAAUGCCUACAUAGCCACUCAGGGCCCCCUCCCUGAGACCUUUGGGGAUUUCUGGAGGAUGGUCUGGGAGCAGCACACAGCCAACAUCGUCAUGAUGACUAAACUGGAGGAGAAGUCGCGGGUUAAGUGUGAUCAGUACUGGCCCACGCGUGGCACUGAGACCCACGGACUGAUCCAGGUCACUCUGCUGGACACGGUGGAGCUGGCCACGUACUCCAUGAGGACCUUCGCUCUUUACAAGAGCGGCUCCAACGAGAAGCGUGAGGUUCGCCACUUCCAGUUCACAGCCUGGCCGGACCAUGGUGUGCCUGAACAUCCAACCCCAUUCCUGGCCUUCCUUCGUCGGGUCAAGUCCUGCAAUCCUCCAGAUGCAGGACCCAUGAUCGUUCACUGCAGUGCUGGAGUGGGUCGGACCGGUUGCUUCAUUGUGAUUGACGCAAUGACGGAGCGUAUCAAGCAUGAGAAGACCAUCGACAUCUACGGCCAUGUGACGCUGAUGCGCUCCCAGAGGAACUACAUGGUCCAGACGGAGGACCAGUACAUCUUCAUUCACGACGCGCUGCUGGAAGCAGUGACCUGCGGGAACACCGAGGUGCCUGCCAGGAACCUGUACUCCUACAUCCAGAGGCUGACGCAGAUUGAGCCAGGAGAAAAUGUCACGGGCAUGGAGCUGGAGUUCAAGCGUCUGGCCAGUGCCAAGGCUCACACAUCUCGGUUCGUAAGUGCCAACCUGCCAUGUAACAAGUUCAAGAACCGGCUGGUGAACAUCAUGCCCUACGAGACGACGCGCGUGUGUCUGCAGCCAAUCAGAGGAGUGGAAGGGUCAGACUACAUCAACGCCAGCUUCAUUGAUGGAUACAGGCAGCAGCGGGCGUAUAUAGCAACCCAAGGCCCACUGGCUGAGACCACAGAGGAUUACUGGAGGAUGCUGUGGGAGCACAACUCCACCAUAGUCGUCAUGUUAACCAAGCUGAGAGAAAUGGGACGGGAGAAGUGCCACCAGUACUGGCCCGCGGAGCGCUCGGCCAGGUACCAGUACUUUGUGGUGGAUCCUAUGGCAGAAUACAACAUGCCUCAGUACAUCCUGCGAGAGUUCAAAGUGACCGAUGCCAGAGAUGGCCAGUCCCGGACGGUUCGUCAGUUCCAGUUCACUGACUGGCCGGAGCAAGGAGUGCCAAAAUCAGGGGAAGGAUUCAUCGACUUUAUUGGUCAAGUGCACAAAACUAAAGAGCAGUUUGGCCAGGACGGGCCCAUUUCAGUGCACUGCAGUGCUGGAGUAGGGAGAACAGGUGUGUUCAUCACCCUCAGUAUCGUCCUGGAGAGGAUGAGGUACGAGGGAGUGGUGGAUAUCUUCCAGACGGUGAAGAUGCUGCGCACUCAGAGACCUGCCACCGUUCAGACAGAGGACCAGUACCAGUUCUGCUACCGGGCCAGCCUGGAGUAUUUGGGAAGCUUCGAUCACUAUGCAACAUAAAGCCAGUUGCUGUCCGUCACGCCACGUUCGGCCAAGCGCUCCCUUUUUUUUGUAGUGUCACACACAACCUGAAUAAAUGCGCCCUGGCUGGAACGUGUUUGUAAAGAUGUUGCCACCACAUGCAGAGCGAAGUGGGGGGGUGGGCCCCCGCCGGCUCGUCCUGUACCCAGAAACAGCACUUCUAACUGAGCCAUAGCAACCUGCUUUGACAAGGGGGUGUCUCCUUCCACCCCUCCAGCCCAAACACAAACACACCCCUGGGUCAGUCUGAAGCAGCAACUUCAACCACUGCUCCCAAACAGAAUACUUGAUCAAAUAUGGAUUGUUUUCGUUUGUUUUUGAGUUUGUUUCAGUAUUUCUGUGAGCACCGAGAAUGCUUUGUGUUGUUUCGGUGUGGAACUCACCUCGUCCACCACCAGUGUAGCAUCACCAAACUAAACAAAGGACCAAGCUACGGGAGUUUUUUAUCAGUCACCGGAAAUUUUUGAUUUUUUUUUUUUUUUCCAUCACGAUGACUGACGUGUGGGAUAUACACAAAUCUAUCUGAUGAAGACCUCACAGACUGAAGGAGAAACAGAAAAUUGCCUGUUGGAGACUGAAAACACAGCACACAGUAUUAAAAAAAAAACAUAUAUAUACUUUAAAACAAAACACCAAGGUUUUUGUUUUUAAGUCCUUUCAGAAACAGACUUUUGUUUCCUGUGAAUAAGAGAAGAUUUCUACCACGCAGUACAAGAACCGUUUAAAAGAAGAGAAAUGUAUGAGGUUUAACCACAAAGUAAAAACAUGGAUUUAGUUUUUUAGGAAAAUAUAUGACUAUAUUGUUUUCUAAAAGUGGGAAAUAUUAUAUUCCCCCUCGACACAUUUUCUUGUUGUUUUGUUUUUUAAGAUUUUGUUCCCACUGACCAUAAUAACAAUAGUUGUAUCUUUUUUUUUCUGUGUAAAAUCUAAGGAGCUGGAGAUUUUUAGUUUUUUAAAAGUACAAUCAAUCAGUGUGGAAAACGUUCACAGUUCUGCAACAAAUGCCACCUUUGAGUGUUGACCAUGUAUUCUCCCCCCUCUUCUUUCAAUAGAGACCGUUCCCACUUGGGGCGGGGGUGUGAUGGUUUGAUAGUCCCACUUCUUCUAUGGAUUCUCCAUAGAAAGCCAGUUAAAGUGCAGAGAGUGUGCACAGGAAGAGAAGAAACUAAAAACACAACUAUUUAUGUGUCAAAAUAAGCUUCGCGGAGAUUUCUCGAGCAGUGUAAAAAUAAGGGGCGGGGUUUCGAGUCAGAGGGGACAGAUUUCUCACUGGAAUGCUCACGGAAGACUUUUCUCUUUGUCCAAAUCAGUGUGCAAUAAGUAGACGUGUUCUAUAUUUUUGUGUCCAGUCACUAACUGCAGUUACAUGCCAUGAUGAUGAUGAUGAUGAUGAUGAUGUGAAGACUGUGUUUUUGGUUCACCGUCACCGUUCAUGUCCAGACAGGAGGAGUGACCUCUGACCUCUUUCACCAUGUUACAACUCCAGUGGCGAGCAAAGCAGCGGCUGAAGUCAUAUUUCAAACAGCAUCUAUUA